UAUGCCAUAUAGAUUGUUCUUUUGAUGUGAACUUGUGUAACUGGAAGCAAUCAACGAGUGAUAACAUGGACUGGAUACACUGGAAUGGCUCAACCCCUUCUUAUUUUACUGGACCAUCCUUUGACCACACAACAGGAUAUGGCUACUAUCUAUACAUUAAUGGACAGGAUUCAGAAGAGGGAGACUUUGCAAGAUUGGAGAGUCCUGCAAAUUGUUUCACUGGAACUCAUUGCUUACAGUUUUGGUAUCACAUGUAUGGAGCAGCAAAAUACAUGAUGCUGAGGGUGUCAGUACUAAGAGAUGAUGGUUUGGAAACUGUCAUCACUAUAGAAGGAGAUCAUGGGGACAUGUGGUAUUUAGAGAAGAUUUUCCUGCCUGAAAGUGAUAUUAUCCAGAUUUUCAUUGAUGGUGUCAGAGGUGAAGAUUUCCGCAGUGAUGUUGCUAUAGAUGAUAUUUCUUUUUACCCAGGAUACUGUUCUGGUAAGCUGUGAUCCAUUCAUGACAGACUAUUUGCUUGGCUAUUUCCUAGUCUUAAAAUAAUAUCUAAUAAAGGCUGAGCAUUUCAGUUUAAUAUGAUUAAAUAAUUGCCACAAAGGCAGAUGGGGCUUGUAGUUCAUUUAUUCAUUCACAGAUCUAAAGAUGGUGGAAUACAGGAGGAAAGUGAUAAGAUCAAAGGUAAAAUAAAUCUGGCAUACAAUGACAAUACAAAUGACAGUGGUGCACCUGUAAAAAGCACCAGCGAAAACAUCAACAUGAAGGCUGUCAAUGAAGCAUCAGGGGCUCAGGUUAAUCUUGCUUUUGAGAGUGAUGAAUACCUAAAUGAAGCUGAUGAAAUUACAGUAUUUUUAUAUAAAUUAAGUCAAACUUUCUAUUUUUGAUUCUGUACCAUGCACUAUAUGCUAGUAAAUUGCACCCCAUCCUUUGAUCUAAUUGUCAGAUUUCCAAAACAUGCUACAUUAUAUAUUUUUUUACACUAUGUCAUGUAUAAAUUAUAAUAUAUUCCAUGCAUUAGAAAUUAUAUUGUUUGUAAAGAUGUAACACGUUGGCUGUCAUUUGAACCUGCUCAAUAAAAUG